UUUUUAAAUCGUUCAAAUCAAAAUCGAUCAGCUUUAUACGAAUUAAUUAAAAAUGAACAUUUGCAUGCUGUUCUCAAAUGGUCGAGAAAAACACCCGAAUGUAAUAAAGAACUAGAAUUUCGUUAUUCAUUUUCAAAAAUCGAAAUGAUAUUUGCUCAAAAUCGUAGUGAAAAUCAAACAUUAUUGUACGGUAUAGCACGGUCGAUCUAUUACAAACAUCUGUAUAAACAAACACAAUUAUCAUCGUAUAUUGUUAAAACAACUGUUAUGUGGAUGUGUGAAUUAAUGACAUUCGAAGACAAUGGUGAUAAGGUGCAGCUAAUGCAAAAUUCAAGUGGGUUUUAUUUUUCGAUUUAUCGUAGAUAUUCUGAUUCGUUUUGUGGAGCUGAUCACGAAUAUCACCUUUUAGCCUUAAAAAACCUUUUUCUUUAAAAUACCGAGAGGGUCGAAAAAAUCGAAAAAAUGACCUCUAUCGUAGAACUGACUUUUUGAAGUUUUAUUGCAAGAUGGAAGAUUCAAACUAUGCUUUUCUGAAUCAGCGUUGAAAACUGAUUUAGAAAAAAAUUUUCAGUUCAUUUCAAAGGUAAGCACUCGUUCUCCACGGAUGUCCAAACCGACGGGUGUCCGAUGCCGUGUGACUCAUCUUGUAAACCUAUCUAAUUUUUUUUGGUGAAGAGCUAUACCUUUGAUUCAUACACCAUUAGAUCGGCCAAGAGACCAGCUUGAAAAGUACGGAGAGCUUUCUUUUAAAUUCCUUUUCCUCGCUGAGAAAAUCGACUUUUACUGGAAGCAAGAGAAAAUCGGUCACGUUGUUUUUGAGUAACUUUUUCAUUUUCAAUUCAAAUAUAAUAAAAAUAACCUCAAGUAGGUUAAAAAACAUG